AUGGCGACGUCCUGCGGCUUGAGGAGCGCCAUGGGUGUAAACAAAUGUUUCGCUUUACUUUUGUUCACUCUCGGCACCCAAGUGCUUUGCUAUGCUGGACCUCGGGCUCACGCUGAGGAGAAGCUGCUCCAGGAUCUUUUUGUGCGUUACAACAAGCUCUCCAGACCGGUAGAAAACUCAUCAGACACAGUGCUGGUCCACUUUGGUCUUUCUAUCGCUCAGCUUAUAGAUGUGGAUGAGAAGAACCAGAUGAUGACCACGAACGUCUGGGUCAAGCAAGAAUGGAACGAUUACAAGCUGCGCUGGAACCCAGAGGAAUACGAGAAUGUUACCUCCAUCCGUAUUCCCUCAGAGAUUAUCUGGAGGCCCGACAUCGUCCUUUACAACAAUGCUGAUGGUGACUUUGCCGUAACGCACCUAACUAAGGCGCAUCUAUUCCACGAUGGACGAAUAAAGUGGAUGCCGCCGGCCAUCUACAAGUCUUCAUGCAGCAUUGACGUCACCUUUUUCCCCUUUGACCAACAAAGCUGCAAGAUGAAGUUUGGCUCGUGGACCUACGACCGAGCCAAGAUCGACCUUAUCAGCAUGGCCAGUGAUGUGGACCAGAUGGACUACUGGGAGAGCGGCGAGUGGGUUAUUAUGAAUGCAGUCGGCAAGUACAAUACCAAAAAGUACGAGUGCUGCACUGAGAUCUACGCCGACAUCACGUACUACUUCAUCAUCCGAAGGCUACCGUUGUUUUACACCAUUAAUCUUAUCAUCCCCUGUCUGCUUAUAUCCUGUUUAACUGUGCUAGUGUUUUAUUUACCGUCACAAUGUGGAGAGAAGAUCACCUUGUGUAUUUCCGUUUUAUUGUCCCUGACCGUAUUCCUGCUUUUGAUCACAGAGAUAAUACCGUCCACAUCACUGGUGAUUCCCCUCAUUGGCGAAUACCUGCUGUUUACCAUGGUUUUCGUGACACUUUCAAUCAUAAUCACCGUCUUUGUUCUAAACGUACACCACCGAUCGCCUCAAACCCAUGGAAUGCCUCAUUGGGUGCGCAGGGUGUUUUUAGACAUGGUGCCCCGGGUCCUCUUCAUGAAACGGCCCCCCGGUACGGCCAAACAACACUGCAAGAAGUUGAUUGAGAUGAUGCACCGACCAACCAUAAUAUCAGCCACGGGCAACUCACAGACAUUUUGGUUGGGUUUAGAGACAGGGCUGACACAAAUAGGACAGGUUGAGAAGUGCCUCCCAAAGACCCCAGCCGAAAGCCCAAAUAUCCGCGUCUGCUCGCCUUCUCCAUCCUCCUCACCUCUCAAGGAACUCAACCAGGAAGAUCCCCCAGUUAAAGCCACCAUUUUCUACAAAUCACCCACCAAACAAUAUUCAGGUCUCCAACGAGGGCACAACUCCUCAACUUUAUCUUCUUCUCAACUUUCCUUAACCCCAACUAUGCCCCUCGGACCCCUUUGCAACCUCUCCAAGGAUAGUGCAAAUCAACUGUCCUCAAAUGGCCGCUCGCUCAGCGUUGAACAAAUGUGUGACCUCCAGAGGGAGCUUCCGCCGAGAGCUGCUCAACGGUGUCACUCGGGCAGCUUUCGGUAUUGUUGCCUGCACAACGAAGGACCGGAGAAAUGGACCGGGACUGAAUACCAAACUAAACAAGACCCUGCCAACUGCCUCUCGGAAAACCUCAAAGCUGAUGCCACCAAAGCUCCAAGAGGCCAACAAGAGGCUGGAAUUCAUUGCAUUUCUCCAGCCACGCAACGAGCCAUUGAGGGAGUUCAAUACAUUGCUGAUCAUCUCAGGGCAGAGGAUGACGACUUCUCAGUGAAGGAGGACUGGAAGUACGUCGCCAUGGUCAUUGACAGGAUAUUCCUCUGGAUGUUUGUACUGGUGUGUAUCCUCGGAUCAAUAGGACUCUUUCUUCCUCCUUGGUUGGCUGGAAUGAUCUGAAAUCUGCUUGGCCAGGAAAACAGAAGAUGGUUAUCCGCCAUGUUUUUUUUUUUAUAUAUAUUUUUACCAAAGGAGCUUAAAUCGUUUUGUCCCAGAAUAACAUAAAUGUUAUGAACAAGGUGGGGCGUCUAGCAUGGAUUCCUGGGAGCACAUAAAUAGUUUAUGGGGCAGCAAAAACAUCCCUUUGUACUACCCAAUUUGCACAUUGAGGUUUGUAUAUCAAACUCCUGGUUCUGGAAGAAGAAUGUCACACUUGCACCUGAUGCAGACGUCCCCCAAUGUUGAACGAUCCUGGUUUUUAGAUCACAUUCAGAGUUGCCCAAUUCCUUCAAUCUGUCGUCAUCAUUAAGAUUCACUUGUUAUUUGCUGACAAAUCAAGCUAAAUGUUGAAAUCUCUCGCAAUUACUGGUGUGUACAAUAAUAGUUAAUAGGCAAGACCAGGCACAUUUAUUUGUGUAGCGCAUGUCAUACACAAGAGUUUGCAAACUUAAAAGCAUUUUAGAAAAAGAAGAGCGAAAAGACAUUUGAUAAGAAUGAAUUAUGUGAUGAAUUCCUUCCAAUUGUGUGGAAUUAAUUGCUAAAAAAAUCAAGUCUCGAAGCAAUUAAGGUCCUUUUGAGUGCAGUACUUGGCUUCACCCAGCAGAGGUACUGUUUUUCGGGUCUUAUUGUUAUGAAGAAGAACAUGACACGCAAGCAUCAUUCAGAUCAUUCAAAGUAUUUCAAAUUGGUAUUCAUUCAUCCAUUUUGCCA